CGGGAAACAAAAAUGGCGAGGGGCUGCGCUGGGGCCGGGCUGCCCGUGAGGCGGGUCUGACUGUCCCCCGCCGCCUUCCGCAGCGGGUCCGCGCCCGGGGGGCCCGCUGCGCACCGAGCGCCCGGCCGCACCGCGCCGCGCCGCCGGGGGAGGCUCCCGAGCUCGCCGAUUUCCCUGUAUGAGGCAGUUGGCACCACUGGAGAGACCGAAUGAGAGACUCUACAGCGGUGGGUAAUUCACUGGUCCAUAAGCGGUCUCCUUUACGUCGCAGCCAUAAGAGCUCAGCAUCUCUGACCAAGCUGUCAUUACGUGAUGGACAGAAAGCCAAAAAGCCACUUUGUAAAUUUGAGGAAGGUCAGGAUGUCCUAGCUAGAUGGUCAGAUGGCUUGUUUUAUCUUGGAACUAUCAAAAAGAUAAACAAACUGAAACAGAACUGCUUCAUUAUAUUUGAAGACAGUUCCAAAUCCUGGGUUCUCUGGAAGGACAUACAAACAGGAGCCACUGAGAGUGGGGAAAUGGUCUGUACAAUAUGUCAGGAAGAGUAUUCAGAAGCACCAAAUGAAAUGGUUAUAUGUGAUAAAUGUGGGCAAGGUUACCAUCAGCUGUGUCACACACCAAAUAUUGAUUCCAGUGUGAUUGAUUCAGAUGAUAAAUGGCUCUGUCGACAGUGUGUCUUUGCAACAACAACAAAGAGAGGUGGUGCGCUUAAGAAAGGACCAAAUGCCAAAGCACUGCAAGUCAUGAAACAAACGUUACCGUAUAAUGCAACAGACCUUGAGUGGGAUGCAGGUCAUAAAACCAAUGUCCAGCAGUGUUACUGCUAUUGUGGAGGACCUGGAGACUGGUAUCUAAAGAUGUUGCAGUGCUGCAAAUGUAAACAGUGGUUUCAUGAGGCUUGUGUGCAGUGCCUCCAAAAGCCAAUGCUUUUUGGUGACAGGUUUUAUACGUUCAUUUGCUCAGUUUGCAGUUCUGGACCAGAAUACCUCAAACGUUUACCCUUGAGAUGGGUAGAUAUAGCACAUCUAUGCCUUUACAACCUAAGUGUUAUUCAUAAAAAGAAAUAUUUUGAUUCGGAGCUUGAACUUAUGGCCUACAUUAAUGAAAACUGGGAUAGAUUGCAUCCUGGUGAGCUGGCAGACACACCAAAAUCUGAAAGAUAUGAGCAUGUCCUGGAGGCAUUAAACGAUUACAAGACUAUGUUUAUGUCUGGAAAAGAAAUAAAGAAAAAGAAGCAUUUGUUUGGCUUGAGAAUUCGAGUUCCUCCUGUGCCACCGAAUGCUGCUUUAAAGGCUGAUAAAGAACCAGAAGGAACUUCUCAUGAGUUCAAAAUUAAAGGCAGAAAGUCUUCUAAACCAAUCCCUGAUGUGAGGGAAUUAAGUAAUGGUAUAGAAAGAAAGGGGAAAAAAAAAUCAGUAGGUCGUCCACCUGGUCCCUAUACAAGAAAAAUGAUUCACAAAACUCCAGAGUCAUCUCCUCUGGAUAAUGAACCAGUUCCGGUGAUAGAGAACCCAGCCUUGGAAUUACCCUGCACUGUUGGGAAAUCUGAUGGAACUGCACAUUCAUCCAAUACCUCAGAUGUGGAAUCCACAGGUGCUGCCAAUAUGAAAGAAACUACCUCAUCUAGCAUUUCCAGACAUUAUAGUUUAUCUGACUCGAGAAAAAGGACUCGUACAGGAAGAACUUGGCCUGCUGCAAUACCACAUUUGAGGAGGAGAGGCCGCUUUCCACGAAAAGCACUCCAGACUCAAAAUUCAGAAAUUGUAAAAGAUGAUGAGAGCAAGGAAGACUACCAGUAUGAUGAACUCAAUACAGAGAUACUUAACAACUUAGCAGAUCAGGAGUUACAGCUCAAUCAUCUAAAGAACUCGAUCACUAGUUACUUUGGUGCAGCAGGUAGAAUAGCUUGUGGGGAAAAAUACCGUGUGUUGGCUCGUCGGGUGACACUUGAUGGAAAGGUGCAGUAUCUUGUGGAGUGGGAAGGAGCAACUGCAUCCUGACUGUAGGACUGAACAUUAUGUUCACUGCACUGUCAUCUGUAAGUACAGUUCAUAAUGCAGAGCCACGAGAGAAAUGGUCUUUAAAUGUGUUUCUCAAAAAAAAAACAAAAAACAAAACCAGUUUAGCCUUAACAUGUAAUUGUUAUCAUUACAACUCUUGUGAUAAAGACUUAUCUUUUUAAAAUCUGAUCUGAGACUUUAAAUUUUUUUAUCUGAACAUUGUUAGAUUGUUUUAGGUUGGGAUAUUUUGGGUUACAAUUGCUUAAAAAUGUGCAUGGUGUUUAAAAAAAGAUGACAUUCUCUAGAGAACAUUCCAUGGAUACAGUUAUUGUGAUUUAGAGAAAAUAUUAUGUAGAUAGCACAAAUAUUUGAAAAAUCUUGGUUUGUUUUCUUACCCAAAUGUUUGCAGAAAUGUAUUUCUAUUUCAAUACUUUCUAGCUUUCAUAAGUGCAGUGUAUAUAAUGCCUACUGAAGACUGUAAAAUACUGAAGUUUUCUUUCAAACAAAGUGUAAAAAAAAAAAAAAAAAAAAGAAAAAAUAUAUUGAGCCUGUAAAUUGCUCUGUGACCAGACUUCAUUGUCUUCUUAAUAUAUUCUCUGUGUGUGUGCGUGUGCGCGUGUGUGCGUAUAUACAGAGGUGUAUAUGCACACACAGACCUGGGCGUGUAUAUAGAUGUGUGAUUGUGACCUAUGCAAUACAAUUAUGGGAUCGGUCAGCUUCUGAGAAUACAUCCCAUAAUUCUUUUUUCAGGAAUAGUUGCCAGUAUUUACACAGCAGCAUUUCUUCUCAGGCUUAUUGGGUGCUGUUGCUUUUUAUGUACUAAGGAAAAGUGUCCAACCAGUGCAGCAUGUUCUGGCAAUGGGUGCAGUCAUUGAUGUUUGUGUGCUCUACAUUCCUUUAUUUUCUGUUUGAAUUAACCAUUAAAAGAUAAUGCAGGAUCUGAAGAUUUUGAAAUCAGUUCUACUGGAAAUAACAAUUUGAAAGUUCUUGUGGCACUCUGAUUGUAAAUUUCAUGUCCCAGUUACAAAGUAUGUUGACAGGAGUUGUGCAGGAUUUCUACAUAUCUGUAGAAACAGUCAUAUUUUGAUAAGUGUAGUAUGAACGAAGUGUAUUAUUGCACAGGGUCAACAAAUGUUGCCAUUUGAAGUAACAUUACUGAUUUUAUUACAACAUUACCUCUUUUGUGUUUAUAAAAUGUACCAAGUUUUAAAUUGAUAAGAUUAUUUUACUUGUUAAAAAAAAGUCAAAAAGUCUCUUGCCAGUAUUAGAUGUUUUUUCUUUGUCUGCUACUUUUGAGGGGGUUUUAGCCAAAGAGUAAACAGAAGAAUAUUUUUACUUUGGUGGUUAUUCACUGUACUGUAUAAGGUUAGUUUUCUUACAUGCUUACAGUUUGCCACCAAAAUAAAAUUCUGUAACAUUAACAAGUGACAGAGUGGUUUAAAGUGUACUGCCUGAAUUAGUACUUAUUUAUUCCAUUACUUGGUUAUUUGACUUUUUCUGCUCAUCUUGAACAUCUUGAAAAGGUGAUCUUUUUUUUGUCACCUUAUAGCCAAAGGAAGCAGAGAAAGCUUUUUAUCCUGUGCUUGGCUUAUGGCUGGCUGGGUUAUAUUAGCUUUAUAAAAAUGCUAAUUACAAGCUCCCACUUCUGUUUACCUUCACUAAAAUGUGUGGGUUUUUUCCUCACACCCUCAGCUAUUAAUUUAAUGUUGCCUUGCCUAUAGCUGCAAUAUUUUGAUAACACAGCAACUUCAUGUUAAUUUUUGAAUGUUUAUAUCUUGAGAUAAUGCAAAAUGUAAAGCCUUUGUAACCUUACUCACACCAUCUGUAUUUGUCUUUAUUGUUUCACUUUAUCCAAGUCCUUUAAUUCUAACUGAACACCAGCAGUAUUUUUCAUAAAGAUUCAUUUAAUGAUAAAUAUUGGAAUGUACUUGGGGACUUUAGUGGGGGAGGUGUGGGGAGAAAAUAUUUGUCAAAGCUGUCCAUAGACUUAACUAUUGUGAAUGUCAUUUCAUUUUAUUAUGGUGGUUGACUUAACUCUGAUGUUCAGUUUGUAUUUUUGGAAUUGCUUUUUUCUUAGAAUUAAAAGACCAACAUUAAAUGUGUGUAUUUUUUGAGAGAGAAGAAUGAGUUUUGAUUCUGUACUCUUGUGAAGCACAUAUUUGGUGGCAUCCUCUCAUCCAUCAUUUCCCAAUCUCUAGCUUUCCUGUUCCUGUCCUGGAGACACUUGCCCUGCACAUAGACACUAACUGGUGUUCCAGCUAUGGUUGAGGGAUGCUUUGUUACAAGGUGUCAUGUACUGGAAAAUGCUGCAAUAGUGCUGCUGAAGAUAGAGCUAGAGUAGUAAUUAAAGCACACCUACAAAUGCCUUUCUCAUUUUAUGUGAAUUUCAUUGUAUGUAGUAGUAGUGGUGUGUCUCAAGGAAAAAGACAAAUGUUGCUGUAUGUAAUGAUUUCAUUUUGGUAUAACUCGAUCAUUGUAUGUAUGCAUGUGUGUAAAUAUAUGUAAUUCAACUUUGUUGUGGUCACUGAUUUAGAACCAUUUCUCUGUGUAUGAUAUUUAAUAUUUUUCCAUUAUGUUUUAUUUGUAUUACAGUAGUGUUUAGGUAGGAGAAGUCUCUUGUGACAGUUCUAAAAAUAUAGGUAUCGCAUGAACAAGACAGCAAAGAAAUAAUGGCACAAUACUGGUCAGAAUUGUAAAAUAAGCAUCAUAGCAAACUAUUUGUCAAAUCAUUGUUCUCAACAAAAACUUCAGCAGGAAUUUUGAAUAAAACUAUGGUUUUUCUAUGCAUAACAGGCAUUUUGAAAAAUCUCUAAGCAUGAUACAUGAAAUGCAGGUCAUUAUUUUGAUUUAACAUGAAGACAAAAAAAGGCCUCGAAGGUGAAGAGGAGCACUUUGUCUAGGGAGAGGGGGCAAAGAUAAUUUAAUAAACAGAAAAAUGGUUUGUCUUUGGAACAUCCUAAACAUCCUACUAAAGUGAUCUUUAGUGUUGUAUUUUAAAAGGAAGUUGGUGAAUUGGGAUGGAACACUCCAAGGCUGACCAUGGAGCAGUAGUCAGUGAUAAGGAUAAAUUGGACAGAAGCAUCAGUUCUGUGCACAGAGUGAAGAGGAUGAGUCUUGCAAAUGCUACACAGGUAAUAUGUUCAGGCAUGUCUCUAGUUGCCUCAUAUCUGUCUGAAUGAAAAAUAACCCUCCAGUUAAGGGCAUGAUGGGAGAAAAUUACAUUUUGUACAAAUAGCAAAAAAGGUUUAGGAUGCUGUCAUUCUGUCAAUGUUGAACUUAAACUGAUGGCUAAACACCCAUAUGGAGGUGUCAUAUCUAUUGAUACCCAAAUUUAGUUAGAAAAACAUAUUAAUGCAUGGGUUAAACAUGGGAGUUGUCAAUGUUUUUAGAAAAGUUAGCUGUUGGGUAUUUUUAUUUUUUUUGUAAUUUGGAUCAUCUAUAGGUGAGGUGUAAUGAAGACAUGGGAAAAGAGUCUCCUUUGGAGUCCCUGAAGGAAGUUGGAGGGGGGAAACAACUGUCUUUUAGCAAAGAUCGUGCAGGACGAUAGAAAGUAAAGCAAAAGACCACUAUAAGCUGUGCACAGUCUGAGAAUGAGCUUGAAAUUUGAUGCUUUUGCUGUCUUUCAGUUUUAUUAUUCAGCAACAAUGAAACAAGAUUUUUGUAUUGUCUUAGUGUUUUAGUAUUUUGCAUUUUUGAAUCCCUUAAUGUUCUCAAUUAGCUCAUCUCUGCUAUUUUUUAAAUCAGAUUUGUACAUAUUCAUCAUUGAGAUCCAUAUACUGUAAUACCAGCAGUUACUCUGGUUCUCACUAGUGCCAAAAUACUUGCUUGCAGAUACUAAUUUUUCAAAUACAGCUGUAGUUCAUACCAUUCUUUUCAUAUAAUCUUUCUUCUAAUCUGUUUACUGAUACUAUUUCACCAGUAUGUGUUUUUCUUUCACUUGAUCUAAUUUAUGUUUCCAGCUUCUCAAUUUGACAAUAUUCCAUUUGCUUCCCAUUGUUAGCUACUUAGUGUUUGGCACUGAUUGACUUCCAUAUGGUUUAAGUUUCCUAGUCUUCUGUUUAUUUAAUGUUCAAUACAGUACCUUCCAAUCCUGAUAUCUGCAGUUUUACUCUUUAACAAGCUCAUUUACUUCAAAACCUGCUUUAAAGCAGGAAGCUAAUUGAUAGUUCUGUCUUGCUCUAAAUAAAGUUUUUUCUGUAAGCACCA